AUGAACUAUGAUUGUUGUUGUUGUAGCGUAGAAUUUGUUCAGCAUCUAUUCCACUGGGAUAUUCCUCAAUGUUUGGAACUAGAGUAUCAAGGCUUCUUAGACCGUCGAAUUUUGGAAGAUUUUUGUGAUUUCGCUGAGGUUUGCUUCUGGGAGUUCGGUGAUCGAGUGAAAAAUUGGAUUACACUGAAUGAGCCAUGGUCGUUUACUGUUAUGGGAUAUGUAUAUGGCACUUAUCCUCCUAGCAAGGGUGCAACAGCAAAACAGUCUCCGACAGCCAUAGCGCUGUUAAGUAAUUCAAUUCAUAGGUCUAAAUCUGGGCCUCGAUAUCAUACCUUUGGCGGAAAUCCAGCGAUAGAACCAUAUAUUGUGGCACAUCAUUUGAUACUUGCUCAUGCACAUGCUGUCGAUAUAUACAGAGAAAAAUAUCAGGCAGUCCAAGGAGGUCAGAUAGGGAUGACAAAUGUUGCAUGUUGGUAUGAGCCUUUUAGUGAAACUCAAGCCGAUAAAGACGCUGGUUCAAGAGCGAUCGAUUUUCAAAUAGGAUGGUUUGUAGCACCAAUAGUAAUUGGAGACUAUCCAGAAAGUAUGAAAGAAAGAGUAGGAACACGUCUUCCCAUAUUUACAUCACAAGAGGAGAAGUUAGUGAAAGGAUCCUACGACUUUUUAGGGGUAAACUACUACACAUCUUAUUAUGCUGUCAAUCAUCCUCUACCGCCUGAUGAACCACCAAAUUUCAUAACAGAUAGACGGGUAAACGAUCUAAAAGAACGUAAUGGGAUGCCGAUUGGUCCACCAACGCCUGGUUCGAAUUGGUUGUACAUUGUUCCAUGGGGAAUUUACAAGCUCAUGAAUCAUUUGAAGGAGACAUAUGGCGAUAAUGAAAUUUACAUUACCGAGAAUGGGGUAAGUGAACCAAACGACAAGGGUCAAAAUAUUAAAAAAGCUCUCUCGGAUGAAAGAAGGAUUAAGUAUCACAAUGACCAUCUUUUCUAUCUUAAAAAAGCAAUCGAUAAUGGUGUACGGGUGAAGGGUUACUAUAUAUGGUCAUUGUUUGACAAUUAUGAAUGGGCUGAGGGAUACUCUUCUAGAUUUGGCAUCUUUUUUGUAGACUUCGAGAAUGGUCGUUUCACAAGAUUCCCAAAAAACUCAGCUAUAUGGUGGAUGAAUUUCCUUGGCCAAAAGUUUAAAAUUCCGUCAAAGAAAAAAGCUAGACCAACUGAUGAAGAUGGAGAAGGCUCUGUGAAAAGGCUAAGAGCAGCUAACUAAGUCCCUUUCUUCUGAAAUGUGAUGUCAAAUAAUGUAUGGAUGUGCAAGUUGUUAUUUUCCCUUUCAUCUGAAAUGUGAUGUCGAAUAAUGUAUAUAUGUGCAUGUUGUUCUUCUCGUUUCCUUUCUCAUAGGUCAAUGAGAAAGACAUGUUUCAACUCGUCGUGUUCAGAUAAAUGGAGGCCGGCUCGCUGAGUCUCCAUGUUCUCUUUAAUUAGUGUGCUCUUUCGCUUAUCUUUGGUUAUUAUGCUCUUGUUCUUAAUAAGAAAACCUAGCUUGCUAAAGG